CUACAGCCCUACACAGCUGACCGUGCUGUUUGUUGUUUAUCUCAGCUGUUUUGUGAAUUAUUUAAAAAAAAAUAGUUUCUGGUUUAGUUUAUGGAGGAUGCCGCAUUUCAUCAAAGCAUGUAUUUAUCGAACGAACAUUAAGAUGAUCUACCAUCUGUUUGGGAGUGUUGAAGUGAUGAAACAACUGACUGCGCGCAAGCAACUGAUGAUUAUCCCGCGCCAUCUCCACCAUACCACUGUUUCAUGUAUGAUUCGCUGUACCAACAAGCUAAUGCGUCAUACUGCCAACAUGAGCAAGUUAAGACAAGUUGUAACAACUACAUUGUCUACUACGAGUACUACAACUGAAGAGCCAUCAACAGAUAUGUCUAAGUAUCGUUUGCCUACAAAUGUCGUUCCGACACUUUAUGACUUAUACUUAUAUCCUUAUUUAGAUACAGGAUUAUUUAAAGGAACUGUAAUAAUAUCUGUAAAUGUAACAGAAGCAGCAUGGUCAAUAGUUCUACAUACUAACAAAUUGAACAUUACCUCAGUUUCUGUCAAAGGAGAGCAAGUUAAUUUUGAAAUUAAUGACAAUUAUGAAAUUAUUACCAUUACCAAAAAAGAUGGCACACAAUUUACAUCAACGUUUGAUAGUAUUUCAAUUCAGUUUGAUGGAGACAUGAAAGAUAGAUUGGUUGGUUUAUAUACCAGUAGCUAUACAAGUUUAGGAAACACUACAACGAUUGCCACGUCAAAAUUUGAACCCACAUAUGCUAGACAAGCUUUUCCGUGUUUUGAUGAACCAAACAUGAAAGCAAAAUAUAUUGUUCAUCUUUUAAAGCCAAAACAGUCCAAUUAUAUAGCUUUGUCAAAUUACCCAGUUUCGAAAACUGAGAGCUACGACGAUUCAAGCGAUCUAGUUACCUUUGAAGAAACAGUAUCAAUGUCUACUUAUUUAACAUGUUUUAUAGUUUCAGAUUUUACCUACACUAAUACUACAUUUGAAAAUGAUGGAACUUUAACACCUCUUAGGGUGUAUGCUAGUCCAGGAAAUAUAGAUAAAACGACAUAUGCCGGAGAGACUGCAAAAAAAGUUAUUGAAUAUUAUGUUACUUAUUUUGGCAUACCUUAUCCACUACCAAAAUUAGAUAUGGUUGCUAUUCCUGAUUUUGUAUCUGGUGCAAUGGAGCAUUGGGGCUUAGUUACUUACCGAGAAACAGCAUUGUUAUACACCGAUUCUACGCAUUCCUCAUCUAAUAAACAAAGGGUGGCCACCGUAAUAGCCCAUGAACUGGCUCACAGUUGGUUUGGAAACUUAGUUACAAUGGAUUGGUGGAAUGAUCUGUGGUUAAACGAGGGGUUUGCAAGUUAUAUAGAGUUUAAGGGGACAGACGCUGCCGAGCCUACAUGGAAUAUGAUGUCUCAAUUUCAAACUUCUGAUCUGCAUCCAGUUUUGUCAUUAGAUGCAACUUUAUCUUCUCAUGCAAUAGUAGUAACUGUGACCACACCAGAUGAAAUUACCUCUAUUUUUGAUACUAUUUCAUAUAAUAAGGGUGCUUCUAUACUUCGUAUGUUAGAAGAUACAGUAGGCGAAACAAAUUUUCAGAAGGGCGUGAAAAGUUACUUAGAGAAAUAUGCUUAUGGUAAUGCAGUUACAAAACAUUUUUUGGAUGAAAUUCAAUCCGUGAUAGGAAGUACUUUUAAUAUUUCUGAAAUGAUGGAUACUUUUACUGCACAAAUGGGAUACCCAAUCGUGAACGUCACGUAUGAUGCAACAACUGGAAAUUAUACCUUAACUCAAAAGAGAUUUUUAAAAGAUCCAGAUGCUACUUAUGAUACUUCCAAUAUUACAUACGGAUAUAAGUGGACAAUACCAAUUACAUACGUAAGCGACCAAGGCAAAUCUACAGAAAAAAUAUUUUUUCCCUAUAAUGAAGAGAGUAUUCAGAUCAAGAAACCCGACGGCGUUCAAUGGUUAAAGUUUAAUUUUGAUCAAAUUGGAUAUUAUAGAGUCAAUUAUGAUAACGAACAGUGGCAAACAUUAAUUAAUAGAUACAGUGAGUUGUCAGUUAUGGAUAGGACUCAUCUAAUUGAAGAAACAUUUAGUAUCGCGGAAGCUGGAUUACUAUCUUACAAUAUACCUUUAGACUUAACCAGACAACUUGUUAACGAAACCAGUUAUACACCUUGGAGUGUCGCAUCUUCUAAAUUACAAGCUAUUCACACAUAUUUGACAGACUCUAGUCAAAGUACCUUAUUUAAGGAUUACAUUAAACAAAUUGUUUCAAACGCUUAUAAUAAUUUUACAUGGGUUGAAAAUGACAGCGACGAUCAUCUAUCAAGGCUGAGUCGAUUAGUUGUAUUAUCCUUAGCAUGUGUGGCAGAAGAUUCUAAUUGUCUCAAUGAAGCUCAAUCUAAAUUUAAUAGUUGGAUUGAUGAUACAAGCCAAACGUUAUCUCAGGAUUUGAGGUCUAUAGUGUAUAAGUAUGGAAUGGUAAAUGCAGACGAGUCAACUUGGUAUAAACUGUUAGAAAUAUACGAAGCAGAAAGCGAUGCCAAUGAAAAAUUAAAGCUUAUUAAUGGUUUAGCAAACGUUAAAAAUACUACUUUAUUGGAAAAAUUACUGGAACUUACUAAGGACACUACUGUUGUAAGAAGCCAAGAUUAUUUUACAGUUUUAGGUUACAUAUCUGUAAAUACAGCUGGAACUGAUUUAAUAUGGGAUUUUGUGAGAAACAAUUGGGAAUAUUUAGUUGAUAGAUUUACAUUGAAUGAUAGAUAUUUAGGACAACUUAUUCGUACAAUAACAUCGUCAUUCUCAACUGCAGAAAGAUUAGCUGAGAUGCAAGCCUUUUUCAACCAAUAUCCUGAUGCUGGUGCCGGAGCUUCAUCCAGAAAGACUGCGUUAGAAACUGUAGAAAAUAAUAUAAGAUGGUUAGAGAGGUAUAAAUCAACUGUAGAGUCAUGGAUAACAGAAUUAAAUGAAAACUGAGUUGCAAAUAAUCAAACAACUUUUGUUAUGUAAUACCUAUGCUACCAUUUUCAUUUUACGUACCGUAAUAAAUGCACUAUUUGUUGAGUAUUUA